CGCGUGCGCAAAUGCGCUUGUUUUAUCCUUAACGCACAGCUAAGUAUAAUAAACAUUUCUCAAAGGUAUUUUUCCAAAAUUUUGGAAUACGCAUGACUAUCGUUUAAUUAACACAAAAGGAACACACGAAACAAAAUUUGUCUUCUUGUCUCAGGAUUUCUCCGGCUUUUACGGGCUGGGUUGUGUACAAAACGAGUGCACUGCAGCCAUCGACCCAACCCUCAGCGCAUAAUCGAGCAAAGGCGAACGCAAAGACGACUGCCAAACGCCCUCUUCAAUUUUUACGACGAUUAACCGCAUUUAGCCGUCAUCGGUGGGACAUACAGGGCUAUGAUGGAGAGAUGGCGACAGGCAGCUCUGCUGUCUUUGUUCAUCAUAUGUCUAUUAAACACGGACUCCACAUGGGCUAGAAGAGGAGGCGGCAGCAGCAGCAGUAGCGGCGGCCGGAGGACUUCAAGCUCUUGGGGUAGCCGCGGCUCCCAAUCCAAACCGUCCAGCUCAAAUCCAGGAAGCACUUCCAGUCGGAACUCCAAUCCAUACCCCUCGGGUGGAAAUUACCCUGGAACAGGAAAUAGAAACCCGUCAAGUUACCCAGGGGGUGGGAGUUACCCCAACCACAGUCCUGGGCGAACCAAUCCCGGUGGAUAUCCAGCCGGUGGUAGUUAUCCAAACCAGAACCCCGCAGGACGUAAUCCGGCCGCUGGUGGGUACCCAGCCGGUGGUAGUUAUCCAAACCAGAACCCCGCAGGACGUAAUCCGGCCGCUGGUGGGUACCCAGCCGGUGGUAGUUAUCCAAACCAGAACCCCGCAGGACGUAAUCCGGCCGCUGGUGGGUACCCAGCCGGUGGUAGUUAUCCAAACCAGAACCCCGCAGGCCGUAAUCCGGCCGCUGGUGGGUACCCCAACCAGAACCCUGCUGGUGGUUAUCCAAACCAGAAUCCUGCAGGUGGCUACCCAGCCGCAGGUGGAUACCCCAAUCAAAACCCUGGAAGGGGCAAUUAUCCAGCAGGAGGCGGUUAUCCCAACCAGAAUCCAGGUAGAGGAUACCCUAACCAGUACCCAGGGGCUGGAGGUUACCCUAACCAGAAUCCUGGAAGGAAUUAUCCAAAUCAGUACCCGGCUGCUGGAGGAGGGGGCUACCCGAACAGGGGUGGCUACCCAGCUGGAGGGAGCUACCCAGGUGGGGGAAGUUACCCUGCCGGAGGAGGCUAUCCUAACAGGGGCGGCUACCCUAACCAGUAUCCGGCCGCAGGUGGUUACCCAGGGCGGGGCGGAUCAUUCGGCUACCCCCAAGGAAACCCGAAUAAUAAGAUCAUGAGUCCCCACAUUGGCGGAGGCGCUUAUGGAUACGGCGGGUACGGAAUGGGAGGGUCCCCAUUCUCCCGUUCUGUGCAGAGUAUGGGUUACAAACCAAAAUCUUCAGGGUUCGCCAAGAAGGCCAUCGUGGCGGCCGGCGUGGGCGCCGUGGCCGGGAUGGCGGUGGGAUACGGACUGGGACGCUUCCCCCGACCGCACUUCUCUUUCCACAACCCUCAGGAAGAGUACUACUACAACAACUACAUGUACCGUCGCUACGGCUCGCGCUCCACCGACGAAAAGGACUUCGGUCGCGACUACGUCUACAAGCCCCCGCCGAGAGCCGAGACCUACGACGCCUUCAUGGCCAAAUGUAUGAAUAGAACGGAUCUUCUCAAGGAGCAGAAGAACAACUCCUCUGGGGGCAUCCAGGAGGUAGAAGACGACACGGUUAGCAUCGAGGAGAUUGGUUACCCGUCCCUGAUAGAGCAGGUGAAGGCGCGUCGCUGCGUGGAAAACUACAUGGUCUACUCCGAGCGCUUCCUGGAGGAGCGCAAGGCCGAGCCUCAGGUCCAGCCGGGUCGCAGUGGCCCGCCGAGCUACGGGGUGGCGCAGCUUGGCACCUCGCUCAUCAUAAUGCUGUCUAGCAUGCUCCUGCUUCAGUAAGGACUAAUAAGCUCUCUAUUAUAGGUGCACGUCUUUGUACGAGUAAUGCUGAUCCGUUGUAUCCUAUUCCCUUAGCAACGAAUGAAUGAAAUUUGCACUGUCUGGCUCAUAUUUAGUCAAGCAUUAUUUACACUACUCACUAGAAGUUAGCCAUUGAUGAUGAUAGAUGAACCAGAGUUGCUCUAAAAAUGACAUACAAUAACUCCCAAAUUACAACUUAAGACACUCAAACUAAAGAAACAGCGCCCUAUAAUGUUAUUUCUAGGGCUGGACAAUGAUUACAAAUUUUAAUUGUGAUUAAUCGCUUGAGAUUCUUGUGUUUAACUGAGAUUAACUGUACUGGUAUAGACAGAAACCAACAAUUAAGUUGGCAUGAUCUUGUAGUGCUACUUAUAGCAAGGUAGCAUAUAUAGCAGUAUAAACAGUACAGGUAGUCCCCGGGUUACGAACGAGUUCCGUUCCUACACUGGUGACCUAACCCAAAUUUUUGCGUAAGUCAGACGUAACCCUUCAGAAAUUGAAAUAACUAUCUAAAAAUUCCAAAAGUGUUGUAUUUUGUUUAAUGGUGGAGGGUACAUUGCCCUCUGGUAGCAGCGUUGGGCCUGGCUGGACUCUCAUUCAAAAAUGUUUCCAUACAUGAGCACUCAGGCGUCUCACAUGGAUAAAGGACAGCUGCGCUCUGGUUUGGCCCACAUAAGGCUGUAAGUUGCCUCAGCUAAUAUAUGUUAGUGUAUGCAUUUGUAAUGAAGUUUAGAGCUACAGUUUGUGUGAGCGAUCUGCUAUGAUAAUUGUAAAUGCGUUAGCAUUCGCAGCAUUUAAGCUAGCGGACGUUUGUGAAGCAAAUUAGGCUAAUUUAAUCGACUAAAUUUACAUAUUGAUCAGACUCGAUGGACGUUUGAACACUAAACAUUUUGUGUCGAGUGUUUUAUUGUUAAAAUUCAUGUCGUUUUUAACCAGACGUGUGCAUAUGUGUGUUACAGCUUUACAAAUUGUCAAAAGUGAAGGAAGUAAAAAGCUUCAAAAGGCAGAAUUGCUUUGUUGGCUAUCUGUCAAGCUGAACAACUUCACGUUUAGUGAGGACAGAAGAAGUCAUGUUAAUAGAGUAAAAAAUAAGAUAGUGUAAAGUACAAUUAGGUACUGUUUGCGUGACUAUGAAAAAAAGACUGGAGAUAAAAUGGCGGACGAGACUCCUGCGUCGUAAAGUUGAAAUCGCGUAAGUCAAGUACGUUGUAAUUCGGGGACUACCUAUAUUUAGAAGUAGUACACUAUGUAUUGAUGCAUGUUUUUCUUAGUGGAUCUGCUCAGAGUCAAAUCAUAGCCUUCAUAAUGUAUUGACGGGACGCGGGGGCCUGCAUUGUGGCGAGGCGGUCAAAAGUGGCCGAGUGGAAUCACAGACAAAGCUUUUUUCGUUGAAAAUUCUUGUGAAUAAGUGCUUGAAUCCCAGAAUUCUUUAUAUACAUGGACAUAAAACAGUCUCGAUUCUUGGUUAAAAGCAAAAUAUGGUGCAGUUAGCAUUUAUUUUACGAGAAUAUGUCGAAGUACAAUGCUAGUCUGUCAGUAAAUGUAGCUAGCGGCCGUUUUGUGUAAACAGAGCUUUUCUGGUGAAAAUUCUUGUGAAUAAAUGCUUAAAUCCCCAAAUUCUUAAUAGAUAUGGACGUAAAACAUUCUCGAUUCCUGGUUAAAAGCGAAAAAAAAAGGUGCGGUUAGCAUUUAUUUUACGAAAAUAUGUUGAAGUACAAUGCUAGUCUGUCAGUAAAUGUAGCUAGCGGCCGCCUUAUGUAAACAGAGCUUUUCCGGUGAAAAUUCUUGUGAAUAAAUGCGUAAAUCCCCAAAUUCUUCAUAGAUAUGGACGUAAAACAGUCUCGAUUGUUAGUUAAAAGCAAAAAAAAAAAAGUGCAAUUUUCAUUUAUUUUACGUAAAUAUUUCAAAGUACAAUGCUAGUCUGUUAGUGAAUGUAGCUAACGGCCGCCUUAUGUAAACAGAGCUUUUCCAGUAAAAAAUUUUUGUGAAUAAGUGCUUAAAUCCCCAAAUUCUUUAUAGAUAUGGACGUAAAACGGUCUGGAUUCUUGGUUAAAAGCAAAAAAAAAAAACGUGCAGUUUGCAUUUAUUUUACGUAAAUAUUUCGAAGUACAAUGCUAGUAUGUCAGUAAAUGUAGCUAGCGGCCGCCUUAUGUAAACAGAGCUUUACUGGUGAAAAUUCUUGUGAAUAAAUGCUUAAAUCCCCAAAUUCCUAAUAGAUAUGGACGUAAAACAGUCUCGAUUCUUGGUUAAAAGCAAAAAAAAAAAAAAAAGCAGUUUGCAUUUAUUUUACGUAAAUAUUUCGAAGUACAAUGCUAGUCUGUCAGUAAAUGUAGCUAGCAGCCGCCUUAUGUAAACAGAGCUUUUCUGGUGAAAAUUCUUGUGAAUAAAUGCUUAAAUCCCCAAAUUCUUCAUAGAUAUGGAAGUAAAACAGUCUCGAUUGUUAGUUAAAAGCAAAAAAAAAAAAACAAGCAGUUUGCAUUUAUUUUACGUAAAUAUUUCGAAGUACAAUGCUAGUCUGUCAGUAAAUGUAACUAGCGGCCGCCUUAUGUAAACCGAGCUUUUCCGGUGAAAAUUCUUGUUAAUAAAUGCUUAAAUCCCCAAAUUCUUAAUAGAUAUGGACGUAAAACGGUCUCGAUUGUUGGUUAAAAGCAAAAAAAAAAAAAAAAAACGGUGCAGUUAGCAUUUAUUUAACGUAAAUAUUGCGAACUAUGAUGACAAUGCAGAAGCGGCUAAUUUCUCCCAUUGAUUUUUUUCAUGUUUCAAAAUACAUGCAUGCUACAAAAAAUAUAAUAAUUACCUUGAAUCCUCGAACAAAUCACUCCUGAGACAAUCCUUCCUGUUUGUAUGUGAUACAGCUUUCGUACUUUUUCAACAGAAAUCUGGAGUUAGAUCGCUGCGUGCGUGUUUGUGAAUAGGUCCUCUUGAUGUGGGUGGCCCCCUACUUAAAUGCGAGGCGCAGUGCAUGACUGAUCUGACCCGUCAAUACCUUUAUGAAGUCUAUGGCCAAAUUCUGCAUACAAAAGUUUAAUCAUGCAAUCAAACGAUUGCCAGUCAAAUCGGAUUGGACAUCUAUCGCCGUGAAUGGAAUUGAAACGUGAUCAUACUGCAAGCUUUCUUAUGAGUAGUGUAUAUACGUAUGGUAAUAUAUAUAUAUAUACAGGUAUAUACGGUAUGAUAUACAGCAUCUAGCCUCGUAAAACUAACACAAGGGGGACGGAGUCUCGUGUAUAAAAGGGUUAACCUCUCAAAGUGUGUCUAAGCUGCACUCCCUGUUGUUGAGCACUGAAUACUUGUUCCUACCUUUCACUUUUUUAUUAGCUCACAUGGCAGUAGAUUAUGAGCUCAUAUAACAAUGCUGUCAGGCUUCAUCUGUUGUGAGUACCCGGUUUUCGCAUAAUGUUGUGUAAAUAGAGCGUCUACCAUCCCAGCAUAUUGAUGCAAAUCUUUUCGUUAUACGAUUAGGUCAAAUUCUAAAUAAACAUAAUCAAGAACAUGCUGGGGAAAAAGACUAACAUUACAGGCAUAAAUGUUGAUUAAACCUCAAAUGUGAGUGAAUGUUAUGCUAGCUUAAGCUAAUGUAUCGUUACAAAGAAGAAUUUGGAAAGUUACCAGAGAAAAUGAUUAAUGUUGCAAGAACCUCAGUGGAGUUGGCCCCACUCACACGCAAAUUUAUAAAAUUAAAAAUGAUGUCAAUCGUUUGUGCUACGUUUGUGCUUGUUGGUGCUGCUAUCGUUUUUAAGAUAUUUACAAUUCUUUUAUACAAUCUGAGGUCAACCAGCCCCACAUAUAAAAUGGCUAAAAUUGGUGUCAAUUGUUUAUGCUUUGUUUGCCCUGUAAAAAGUGCUGCUAUCGUUUUAUAGAUAUUGAGAUAUUAAUUUUGAGUGAUGACGUCACCCAGCCCCCCAUUUAUUGCAAAAUAGACCCGAAAUGGUGCCAUUUGUUUAUGCAACGCUUGUGCUGUGAGUAAAUUUGUUUGUGCUAUGGUUUUAUAGAUAUUGAGAUUAGUGCGGCAACCACUAAUCACUUAACUUGAGUAAUUCGAUUAGAAAAAAGGUUAAAGAAUUAAAUUUUGCCGCGUCAGGUAUUCGUUUAAUUAAAGUGGCGUUGUAAUUAGGGUUGUUCCGAUCAUGUUUUUUCGCUCCUGAUCCUAUCCCGAUCGUUUUAGUUUGAGUAUCUGCCGAUACCGAUAUUUCCCGAUCCGAUUGCUUUUUUUUGCUCCCGAUUCAAUUCCAAUCAUUCCCGAUAAUUUUUCCCGAUCAUAUACAUUUUGGCAAUGCAUUAAGAAAAAAAUGAAUAAAAUUCAGACGAAUAUAAACAUUCAACAUACAGUACAUAAGUACUGCAUUUCUUUAUUAUGACAAUAAAUCUUCAAGAUGGCAUUUACAUUAUUAACAUUCUUUCUGUGAGAGGGAUCCACGGAUAGAAAGACUUGUAAUUCUUAAAGGAUAAAUGUGACUUUGUAUAUUGUGACUAAAUAUUGCCAUCUAGUGUAUUUGUCGAGCUUUCAGUAAAUGCUACUGAAGCCAUUUAACUUUGGCCCAAAUGCAUCUGCCCAAAUGCAUGAUGGGAAGUGCAACCAUGACUGUGUGUCGUGGUACCAAUUGAUAUAUCUUCUCUGCGUUGGGAAAUAACAUAGGGUGAUAAGAAAAAGAUCAACUACUACCAUUCUUCCCCACAUUGCUUCCCAAAGGCUGCCUAAAUUCACUCUAAUCAUUUUUUACGCUGCCUUAUAGUUUUAUAUACUGUGUGGGUAAAUCGGCGCCAUUAUAGAUUGAACGCGACAAUGCGUGAGUGGGUCGUGCAGCGCUUGCGUUAAAUAUUGUACCGUGAUAAGUGUAAAAUAUAUAAAUUCUCACUGUUAACGCGAUAAAUUUGAUAACCCUACCUUAAGCUUAAACUAAAGACUCUGGAAGAGUGUAACACAUUAUGUCUGUAACGUUAAAUACAAUUAGAAAACGAUUUAAUUAAAAAAAAAAUAUAUAUUAAAAAAAGGCAUGUCCGAUAUUUUUUUGCCGAUUCCGAUACUUUGAAAAUGACGUGAUCGGACCCGAUCGAUCGGGACAUCUCUAGUUGUAAUGGUUUGUUUUGAAAGUGCUUGCAUUUAGUUUUAUUCAUAUGGGUGGAUACACUGUCCUCUAGUGGCGAAUGUGACAUAACUCAUUUCAUAUGGCUGAAUCCAGCUGCUUCCUGUUAAGACCAAUAUAAGCUAAAUUUUUGUUUGAGCUAAUGUUUUUUUUAAUGCAUUCUUAAUUUAGUUUAUAGGUAUAUUUAGCCAUUUUUUGUGGGAAUAUGUGUUUGAACCAUUUGUUAAGAGCAUUGUAAAAAAACAACAACAAAACGUUAGCAUUUUGUAGCAUUUAAACUAGCGAACUUUUGCUAUGUAAGUAAGCCAAUUGUUCUAUGGUUGUACUUAGAUCCUCAUUUCUUUACUUUAUACCGUUUCGUACCGUUUUUAUGUCUCUUAUCCGAUUACUCUUAUUCGAACUAAUUAGUUCAUCGAUUAAUCGACUACUAAAAUCCAACUCGCUGCUGACGGAGCGUACCAACUCUCUCAGUAACAGAGGGGUGCUGAAUAAUUAGCGCAAACAUAGCACAAAUAAUUGGUAAACGGGGGAGCGGGGGGCUGAGAUACUAAUUUCGAGUGAUUACGGGACACCCCAAUUUACUGCAAAAUGGACCUGAAGGAGUACCAUUAGUUUGUGCUACAUUUACGCUAGUUGUUGGGACACCCCUCUGUUAAAUAUCGUAAAAACGAUAGCAGCACAAAUGAAACUUUUUACAGCACAAAUGUAGCACAAACGAUUGACAUCAUUUUUAUAUCAAUUUUCGUCCGAUGGGGGGGCCAACUUCACGUAAGUGUUGCAAGAAAGUAUUGAUAUUAUGAGAAAAACAUCAUGUAAUACAGUAGUGUUAUUGAUGAAAAAUACAAAAAAAUAUGUUUACAAUCAAAUAUCGUAUGGGGAAAAAUCAUUUGAGAAUCGGUACUUUAAUGCUUUUCAAUAUUUUUUGACUGCCCUUAAAUACUUUGACGGCAAAGUUACAUUGAAAAAAAUAGGAAUCUUCUGCUACUGCAAUUAAAGUUAUAUUGAUUUAAGAUUGGAAGGAAAAAAAUUCUAUCCAAGGAGAAAAAUGAGUUUUGAUACAAGUCAACGGCUACACUCAAUGGAAAAAUGACACAAUGCAAUUUAGUCUGUCUUGGUUUUUGUUUGACUUGCAUCUAGUACUCUUCGUUUGAAAUGUUACUUUCCAUGUAGCUGCUUUCAAUAUCUAAGUUCUGCACUUUUAAUAUUCGAUUGGUGUAUUAGCGUCCACUAACGAUUUAUUAUAGAGUAACUUGUGAGGUGAACCUUGUAUUUGUUUUAACUCCUGUGAAUUCAGUAUAAUCAGUCUGAAAUCAAUUUAAAAUGAAGGUUUUAUUUACCACACACAUUACCGUUUCCCAUAUGGAAUAAAGUGCACUUCUUCCACUUUAAUGGAAAUAUUCUGGAACUAAGUGAAUCUGAUUUUUUUUUUUGUUUCAUGCCAGCAAGCGAUAUUACCACUAUGUACUAUAAUUUGCUGUGACAGUGAAUGUGAUCAAUAAAAUUCUGUGUCCAAAAA